AUGCCGACCUGCAUCAUCUGCCUUGACAUCCUCAAAUCACCGGUGGCGUUACCUUGUGGGCAUGUCUUUUGCCAGCAGUGCCUUCAACGGGUCGUCAUGGCCAUCGCGCCGUUCAUGACCCAACACCAAUGUCCGACCUGCAGAGCGCCAUAUUGCAUCGCAGGCGUGGACCCCUCGAUCGUGCCGGAAGAACUCCGCGCACACAUCCUCCCCGCCGUCCGGAAAGUCUACCUCGACCUCUCGCCCAAUCCGCACGAACAGGCGUCAGCAAAGAAAUCGCCUUCCCUCGGCGGAACCGAGAAACAUUCGGAUCAGCAGGUGCCUGAGUCCCUCCCUCCGCACCUGAAGGAAGCUCGGCUGCGCCUGAUGUGCGAUGCCUGGCGCGGACGCGCGCAGAUGCACGCCGCGGCGACGCUCGGGCUCGUCGGCCUCGCGCGCCUUGCGCGGGACCACGCGCUGAAGAUGCAGGCCGAGCGCAACCAGCUCCAGAAGCGCUACCUCGAGCUCAAGCGGCAGUGCGAGAUUAUGUGCGUGCCUCUGCGUCGGGGCGAGGGAGGGCCUCUGUGCUGA